AUGGCCGGCAUCGCACAAUCUGAACAUUCCGUAGAAGGACACCUAAAUCCUGAAGGUACAGAACCCCGGGCAUCCACUCCACCAUCCUUCAAUGACACCAACAUCCUCGCUCCCACUCCCCGCUACUUCCUAACUCCAGCCAUGAUAGAAGCGCUCCCCAGAAGGAGAGGGCCUUCCGCCAGGCUAGUAGAGGAAUUCGCCGCUCUCUACCCCGAUGAGCCAAGAACAGGGAGGCGAUUCCAUCAAUGGGAGUACGAUAUCCGAGCUCGGGAUCACUCCGAAGAAGAUCGACAGCGAUAUCGGAUGCAACCAGUAGAUGUGGUGGCAAGGCACGGAGGAGCAGCAAGGGGGCAGGACUACGUCUGGUCGAGUCACGCUUCAGGAACUCCACCAGGGUACGAGCGAUACAGGCUCCCCGAUAAUAGGCAGAGCUACUACCUGGCGCGACCUGGCCUUCCCCCACCAACGGAGGAAACCCCCAGAUUCUGGACACAACCUGUCGAUAUGCGGCUCGACACGGCCCUAAGGGAACUAACGGAAGCACGGGAAGGAUGCCUGGCGGUCGAAGCGACCCGAGAUCGCCUCAUGAGGCAGAUCAACGAGCAAAUGGCCGGAGCAACGGAGCGCGGCAACCAGCUUCACAAACUGACAAGGGAGCUGGAAGACUUCAAAAGGGCGCUCCGAUCCAGUGAAGAAAGGGUAAAGGGUUUAGAAGAAAUUAACAAGACCCAAGAAAUCCGCAUUCAACUACUGGAAGCCCUGAGGCGUCCGCCCCCACCUUCUCCAAUACGAUCGCCUAAGAAACUGGUCGAUAAGGGCAAAAGAAGGCAGGACUCGGGUCAACAGGACAUUCGAAAUUGGGUAAAGGGAGUCAGCGGACCCGCCGGCCCUAGUGGGCUCAAGCCGGCACACCAGGCAAACCCUGAGCAGCCGCCCUCUAGGGUGCAGACGCCCCCAAUAACCCCGGCACACUCCUACGAGGGAGACCAAGAUGACGAGUUGGCAGGGGCACAUUUUGCGUUCCCCCCAGAGCGACCGGUUCCACCAUCAGAACGGGAUCGUCGCUCUGCAGCCCCGCCACCGGCAUCCUCGGACGAAGUACACAGGAAAUCGUUCCGAGGGCCAAAGGUCAACCUCCCGGAGCCAUUCGACGGCACCAAGGCAAAAGCAAAGGCAUGGCUUGUCGAUGUAAUGAACUACAUCGUCAUGAAACCCAGCGAGUUCGAAGACGAACAAAGUAAAAUUCGCUGGGCAAUGUCAUACAUCCGAGGACCACAAAUCGACCAUUGGAAAGCCUCCCUUCUGGAAAGGAUGAUGGGGGGCCCACCAGUAUAUGCCACGCUCCAGGACUUCAUCGCAGAUUUCAAAAAGAUGUAUUACCCCGCGAAUCCGGAGUUGGAAGGUCAACAGAUGCUGCGCAGCAUGCAGCAAAGGUACAAGCCUUGGGAGGAAUUCGAAGCCGAAUGGGAACAUUGGGUCAAGGUCUCGGGGUACAAGGAUGAGCAGCUGCUGCUCCAAUUACUAAGAACGGCCAUAAGAAAAGAACUCUGUGAUAGAGUAUGGUCGUCCGAAGGUAUUAGCUGGGACGUCAAUAGCUACAGCCUAUGGAAACAGGUUGCGGCCCGGCUGGACCUUCAACAGCAGCAGCAAUGGGCAUCCACCUUUGAAGACCGAAAGGGCAAGGGGAAAGUCAAGGACUCCAAGACCCGACAAGUCCACCAGGAGGAAGGUUCUACAACGGCAACGGUCAACGCGGUUAGGACAACGGGAAGGGCGCCCAUCAGAAACGUCGAUGAGGCAGGAAAGGCAGUGCCACACAAGGAGACGGUAGGCAUCGAAAAUGAAUGCGACAAGCACCGAAAGUGUGGUACCUGCAGAAAGGAACGGUCGGAAAAGGGGUCGUGCACGGAUAUAUGGCACACCCAUUAUUACGACGGAAAGGCGCAGUGCUGGCGCAAAAAGGAUGCCCAGCCUGCAGCUCGGGCCAGUACGGUAGAAGAAACCGAGGCCGUACGAGCAUUCAAGGCGGCCAUUGCGGCCAACCCCGCUCUGCUCAACCAGGCGGGUUUUCAAUUCGGCAAGGCUUAA